AUUUUUCUUUUAGGUUAGAAUACAAUCGCUAAUGCAACAUACUGUAGAACGAAUAGUGAAAUCAUUGAAACACGAAAUCAAUCAAUAUAUGGAUGAAAAUAACCAGGACUUCGUCGAAAUGGUCCUUUUAAGUAGUUGGGGUAUGGACGGAUCUACGGGAUACUCGCAAUACCAUCAAUCAUUCCCAGGUACGAAUCAACAAGAUGAUUCAGAUGUAUUUUCAGUGACAACGACUCCAAUACAUUUAUAUUUACUAAGUAAUCGUAAACAUUUUCUGGUACAACUUGACCCCACAAAGUAUUCGUUAUUGUAGACCAAUUAUGCUAGAGUUUGUGAAGGAAUCGAAGGAAGUUGUGAUCGAUUGCAAAAAUACCAUAGAGAGAGAACUAAGUGAAUUAGUUCCAGUUAAGAUCGAUUUGGAGCAGGAGAAAUAUGUUUUGGUUGACUUCGAUUUUGUCAUGAGCAUGGUGGAUGGUAAAGUUCUAAAUUACAUAACUGGUACGUCAUCUAUGCAAAAUUGCCCAAUUUGUAAAGCCACUCCAAAUGUAAUGACAAGCCUAGAGGAGUUUGAAAAAGGAUAUAUACCAGAGAUAGGGACACUUAUUUAUGGAAUAUCUCCAUUACAUGCAUGGAUGCGAUUUUUCGAGUGCCUUCUUCACAUAUCUUACCGAAUGGAUUUUAAAAAGUGGCAGGUAUCAAAGAUAUUAAAGGAAGCGUACUUGAAGAGAAAACAACUUAUACAGAAAAGGCUUUAUGAUAGCUUUGGUGUGAGAGUCGACCAGCCAAGGCAAGGUGGAGCAGGAUCAAGUACAACUGGAAACAUUUGUCGACGAGCGUUUUCGAAUCCAAAUCUGUUAAGUGAAGCAUUAAAUGUCAACGAAGAGCUAAUUCACCGGCUCUGGAACAUUCUGAUUGCGAUAAACUGCCAAGAGCCAAUCAAUCCUGAAAAGCUAGACAGUUAUUGUAAAGCAACCUACCGGUUAUAUUUGCAGCUGUAUGAUUGGUAUAAAAUUCCUGCUACGGUGCAUAAAGUCCUUGCCCAUGCUGGGGAUAUAAUUAUUCAUUCACCAGCACCACUUGGAAUGUUGGCUGAAGAAGCAGCUGAGUGUCAACACAAGCACUUAAAAAAAAGUCGGACUCAUCAUGCCAGGAAAGCCUCAAGAGAAGAAAAUUUACAUGACGUUUUCAUUCGUGCUAUGAACUCGUCGGAUCCUUUGAUAAGCUCCCUCAACUUAGAUUCGAGUACAGAAAAAUAUACCAUAGCAGAUAUUUUAAUCGAUCUUGAAGAAAUAAAUGAUGAUUUUGUUGAGGAUGUUCAUGUACAUAAUGAAUAAAUAAAUGUUGUUGCAGUAUACUUAUAUAUCUUGAAGCUUUUAUUGCAUGGAGUUCGUAUAGCUUUAAUAGAGCUUUUAUAUUGUAUUCCCUUUACUUGUUUUACGGGUUAAGAGCCUGAACCAAUCUGAAAAAUCCUACAAAGACAACCUGUUACGUAUGUAGAUGCAAUGGCCUGUAUUUGACGGAGUCCUUGUGCAACUUAGAACAUCUGUACAACUCAAUUCACAUAAAAACAGUAUACAAUUUUCUACUUUGAACUCUACAGGUCUGCGCUGCAAUAAAAUACACAUCUAUAGACUGCUGUGUACAUGAGACAUUCGUAGAUAAAAGGGAUAUAUUCCAUAGAGAUCAAAGGUCUGUAUUCCAGGGAGUUUGGAGACCUUAGAAGUAAUAACGACCUGCAAAACAAGUAUUUCACAUCUUUUAGACAUUAAUCUACGAUAUAAGUGUGAAAUAUUGCAGAAAUGAAAUGAAAAUAUUUUCGGCCACCUACUUGUAUGGAGCCGCCCCAUAGUGCACCGUGGCACCGGUAGGCUCAACAGUUUCGAUCUGAAGAACGCCUUCGAUCUGGUUCGUCAUUCGUUCUUGUUCGGCACCAUGCGGUCGCUCUGGUUCAACGAGGAACUCACAGGUGGGUGGCACGACGCCAUGUUUUUGUGGCCAACAUCUCAGUAUAACAUUCAUGAUAGUGUGUGUUUUGUUUACAAACAUCACAUUUGAUUUUCAUUAGGAUACAGAACUGUCAGUGGGAUAUGAUUGCGCAAUGUUGGCUGCAAAACAAACCUAUUGUGUGAGAUAGGGAUGCCACCGGGCUGGGAACUCAUCGCUCUUCUCGCGCGCAUAGCCAGUCGGUCCACAUCCAGGCUGCUUGUCAACGGGCACCUCUCUCGAUCGUUCGAGAUCGCUCGGUCGGUGCGGCAAGGGGGCCCGUUGUCAAUGCAUCUCUUUGUACUGUAUCUCCAUCCACUGUUAUACUAUCGUCAGACAUAUGAUUUCCACACAAUAAUUUUCAUAUCACGCUGUACGCGUACAGUGGCAAGAUGACAUACAUCUUUUUUCACCGUUGAAUCUAUUUGACAGUUUGUUUUGAAACUGGUUCAACCACUUUCCAAAACGAUAUUCUUCAUCGAAAUGUAUAGAAAUCAUAAACUGGUACUGUAACGUCAUAUGAAAACGUCAUAGUUUUCUAAUUCUUCGUAUAGGUAUUUUAGCAGAAAUAUGCGAGUUCUUGCAAAUAUUCCGCAGGGCAAUUAUUUCUGCGGACGUUAACCACUCUAUUCUAUGGUUUGGGGUGAUUUUAGUGCAAACGGCACUGAUCGUUUAAUUAAUUUGGACAUUUUGUAGGAUAAAGCCAGCAUCGUUCAAUUGAGUCAUAGAUCCAAUUUUGAAUUUAUCCAAAACAACGGUACAAAACAUUCUUCCUAUCUAAAAAAAAUAGUUGCUGACUAAUGGCAAAUCAAACAUCCCACAUCCUUCCCAAUCCCCAGACCUCAUUCCAAUUAAAACCCAUGGGAUCCUUGCACAAAAUGUUCGAAAUCCCACGAUACAGAACUCAAACCAUAAAAUAUCAUGCAAAAGUGACGGUAGAUCUUCCCGGAAACAACCCAAGAAUUGGAAAAAUCAAUAGGAAGACAUCUUCAGAGCAUAAUUGUAGCAAAUAAUGGGCUUACGAAUAAUAUUUUGCCAAUGUUGUGAAAAAUAUCAUCCGGAAUUGCAGAAAAACGAUUUUUAAUCAGUCAUCUUGCAAAUGUUUGUUUUUAUUUCAAAUGUCAAACGGCGUAUUUGACAUUUCAAACAACAAAUUAUGUUCUGUUUCGUACAAUACAAUGGUCGAAGGGCAGGGUACGGAAAUCAUCGUGCUAUCGUGAUACCAGCGUGAUUCUGGGUGACAGACAUAUGGUUUUAUGCUGUACAGUGAUAUUGGUAUCAUAUAUGUGUCACAAGUAUUAUGCAGACUAGAGCAAGCGUGUGAGGAUGAUUUGUUUGUGGCAUAUGCGGACGACAUCAGCGUCACAUCAGCACGGAUAGGAAUGAUCCGUGAAAUAUUUAACCGUUUCUGUGCAGCAGCCGGUGCAAAACUAAAUUUAAAUAACGUAGAUGUGCAUCGGCGCGGCGACGCUGCGUUACCGUUUUUUCCCAAAGCACACCUGCGUCGUUUUACCGCCGCGUGUACUCUGCGUCGAAAAGACGCUACGUGGGCAUCGAGCAUUAAUGUUCGGGAUGAACGCAAAGCUGACAUCGUUUGUGACCAUCACCUAAUUGGCGAGAUCCGACGAAAAGACGCGACACAUCAACUAAUCAACUGAAACGUUGUUUCGAGCACUUCCAGUUACUUCUUUAAGUUUUGACGACCGACCAAACAUCAAUAUCUCGGCAUAUGCUGUUAAGAGAGCGUCAUAUUACCCGCGUGAACUCCGAAGUCACAUCACAAUAUCUAAGAAAUCGUGCUUUUCGACCAACUGGAUGCAGAGCGUCUUAGUAAAGGUCCAAAGAAAAGUGGAACUGACAAUGUGCGACAACUGGCUGGUUACUGAGCAUUCUUCUCAAAGUCUUGUGAAUAGUUAUCCUAAUUACAGGAGAAGAUAGACACUACUCUUUGUUGGUAGGAUUCCAACCCGGAAAAUCAUAUGCGGACCAUAUUGUCACGCUCCGUAUCAACGUAUAGUAGGGCAACAAAUUAUAGAAGACCCUAUUUUUGGUAUUCACCAACAACGAGAAAACUUCCGAUCGCCUGCACAACGAAAAUCUUU